AACAACACAACGAUUCGAAUGAACUACAUCGAUUUCCGAUGACUUCCUUUUUGGCCAAAAUCACUGCCGUGCUGAUGUGUGCUUUGCUGGGUAUAUGUGUGUGCGUGUAUGUGUGAGCAGACUUGCCACCGCACAAGACAUUCGCUAUCUGCACGACUUGAACACACAAAUGUCCGUGAAGCGACAGACGACAUGCGCGGAGCAGCAAAACGAGCGCGAACUUUGCAGCAAACACUUCGAAACGUUCGACACCUUUUGGGGUCGGCCGGGACACGGAGCGCCCGGGGAGGUGACGGCAAAGCAGAAAUUGGACAAUUUGCUUUAUGGCGCCAGCAGCGAAUGCUGGAAUUGAGUAGCGGCGCCUCACCGUUGCCGGAAAAGAAGCAAAUCCAGUGCAUUGACCGCUUUCGCGAUGACGCGCGGAGUGUAGGGAAGGAUAAC